UAGAAGUAUUACAAAUGGUCAUCAUUAUGAUGGAUUUGUUGGCCAGAUGGUGAAAAUGAAGGUAGCAGUCGGUGCCAUUGGCGAUGGUUUUGCCGAGGAACCGUAGCUGGCGGGAUGGUCCUCGUGUUCUGGACAGCGGGGCAGCUGUGGAUGGCCCUCGAAGACACCAUGGAAACUAGCAGAUACGAAAGGGUCGAGCCAUCAAACGACUUCACAAACACUGAGUCAGCAGCAAGCGAAUCAGGCCUCCAUCGUAUUGCAAUGUCGCCGAAUAUCCAAAGAGAAUAUUUAGAUUAUGAUACGGUCUUUGCCAACACAUCUACCAUCGUCUUCCCCAUUGUGGUCUUCUCGACGGUCGGACGCCUCGGGAACUGUCUUUGCAGUUACGCUACUGCCCUCACAUUUGCAGGAAGAUUCAAUGCCACUGUCGCAGUCACGGAAGAAAUCUUCCGCAAGGUCUCCAAGGUUCUCUCGCCCCUUCAUCUGACUUUGCCUGUGAUUGCCAAUAGUCUCAUUACUGAUGCAUAUGAGAUGGGAGUGCUCGUCAAUGUUAGCCCAGAUUAUUUGAACGAUGACAUGGUGAGCCAUUUACUGCCAACAAUCAAGAAAGCUGUUCAUCAGUACGAGUUGACUCACGAUGAACUCCUGUAUGUUCUAGAAGGUUAUCCUAACAGAAUGAAGAUGUUGGCAGACUAUCAUAGCAAGAUAAGACAGAAUUUUCAAAUUCUUGAACAUCUCAGAAAGAAGGCUUCGUUGUUUCUGCAAAGUGUACGAGCCUCUAGGGGGUCAGAUGUUACUUUCAUUGGAUUUCACAUUAGACGAGGAGAUUAUCCAGAAUUUUCCAAGGCAAGGACUGGAAACUGUGUUCAAUUUAUCUUAAUCAUUUUAUUUAAAGUCUGGAGCCCUUACAGGUUCAUGGAUUUGAUUUCUAGUUGUAUCAUUGCGAGUUUUAAGAACAACAUUUUACAGAAAUUCUUUCACUGCAAGGUACCCGAAACAUUAUUUUAUGUAGAGGCGUUGAAUUAUUAUCGUUCUGUCAUCGCAAAUCCAGUGUUUGUUGUCUGCACAGAUGACAGAGUGUAUGCUGAACAACAUUUCAAUGAAACUAAAGACAUUAUAUUGUCAGAGUUUGAACAACCUGAAGAGGACCUCGCUCUUCUGGCUGAGUGUUCCCACUCCAUUAUGACAGUUGGAUCUUUUGGAUUCUGGGGAUCGUAUCUGGCAGGGGGCGAGGUGGUAUACCCUCUAGUUAGCAACUGCUCUAAGAUCCCAUUCAUACACCCAACAACCCUGGGAGAGCUAGGCUUCCGAAAUUGGGUGGCGCUUGGUACCUGAGUCUAGACCAGGUCUUCUGGAGUCAAUUUGAGUUGCUUGUUAUCAUAUUUAUGUAUAUUCUAGGGAUCUAAAUAAUACAGCCUGAUAUCCUAUAACAAUGCAAGGAUUAAAUGGUAUAGUUGGCUAAUAUUGUACUAUACUGUCAAAAAUAACUAGAUUGCUCAAGUAUUUUUCUUUAUCAUUUGCAUACAAACUAAAAUUAGCGACAAAGAUUAUUCUCAAGUACUUGUGCUGUAUAUAAUAGUUUUUAAGAAAGUUCCUAUAUAUAGAAGAGCUGUGUAUUGCUAAUGCUACACAAUGUUCAAGAAAAGUAUUUGUUGUAGGUACUGUACAUAGAUUUUAUAAGUAGAAUUUGUUGUAGAUACUGUACAUAGAUUUUAUAAGUAAAAUGUUCAAGGAAAUUUAAAGUAAUUAAUUCUUUCCUUUAGUUCCUUUGAAAUUUCCUGUAUCUG